CCUCGAAUAGCUCAGUAGUGCACCAUCCAUCCCAUAAAAAUGGAAGCCGUGUUCUCUGUAUUUUCUCCCACGACUGUGGUGCUCCUCUCCUGCGUUGUGGCGAUGGCAGCCUUCCAUUAUAGUCUUGGAAAGAAGCUCAAGAAUCGUCUGCAGCACCUCAGCAAGUCCAGUGACGUCGGCAGCCAACAAAAGGACUUAACUUCCGUGCCUCGAGUUGCUCCAGGUCCCAAACCUCUGCCCAUCAUCGGUAACCUCCAUCACUUGGCCAAGUUUGAGGAUAACCCAUACGUUGGCUUCACUGAGUUGGCUCAGGAAUAUGGCUCCGUCUACAGCCUCAAGAUGGGCACGACUCCAGCUCUGGUAGUGAGCUCCUCUGAAGGUUUCAAAGAAGUACUCAUUUCUAAGGGAGCCAAGUUCGAUGGCCGCCCAGAUUUUCACCGCUGGAAUUUGUACUUCGAUGGAGACCGUCAGCAAUCUCUGGCUUUGUGCGACUGGUCUGAUCUUCAGAAAACUCGGCGCUCGAUCAUCCGAUCCUUCCUGCUGAUGAAGUCUCACUCCAGCAACCACGAGAGCCUCGACAAAGCUCUCAUGACCGAGAUGGAGUCUUUAAUGGCUGAGCUCAACAAGAAUGCUGGUUCUCCGGUAAUGGCUAAAGUCCCCAUUCAAUGGUGCGCCAUGAACGUAUUCCUGCAGUACAUGUGCGACCUCAAGUUCGAUUACUCAGAAGCCAAGUUCCGGAAGGUCGUCAAUGAGUUCGAUCUCAUUUUUGAAGACAUCAACAACGGCCACCCAACGGACUUUUUGCCUUGGCUAUCUCCUUUAUUCGGUCGCCAUCUCAAGAACGUAAAAGGACUGGCGAACAACAUCCGAAGUUUCAUCCUCAAAGAGAUCAUUGAGCCUCAGAUGAACGCCACCAAUCCCGACAAGACUAAGAACGUUCUGGAAGGCUUGCUCUCCAAUCACCUGAACACUGAUGGCCAAGAGGUUAGCAUGGAUUGGAGCAACAUGCUUUUUGCGUUGGAGGAUCUUCUUGGAGGUUCUUCAGCCAUCGGAAACGUAAUGCUGAGAAUUUUGGCAAUGGUCUCCCAGAAUCCAGAUGUACAAAAGAAACUGCAAGCUGAAGUAGACGAGGUGGUCGGCAGUGACACUCCAGUCUCUAUUGAUCACCGCAGCUACAUGCCCUUUACAGAAGCCACCAUUACUGAAGUUCUCAGACUCACGUCAUCACCAAUCGUUCCUCACGUCGCCAACGAAUCAACUUCCCUCGCAGGGUUUGACGUCCAGAAAGGCACUGUCGUGUUCCUGAAUAACUACGCUCUUAACAUGUCUACGGAAUUCUGGGAUGAACCUGAAUCUUUCAAGCCUGAGCGAUUUAUCAAGAACGGACAAUUUAGUCGACCGGCUCACUUCUUACCCUUCAGCACCGGAAAGCGGGCCUGUGUCGGCUCCAAGAUCUUGAUGCACGUCUGUUUCGUAACCUUGGUCAACAUCGUGCAAAAAUUCUCCAUUUCGGUCCCUACUAAUGAAGAUAUUUGUUUGCCAGUUGGGAAACUCGCCGUCAUCGGUGAUGGGUUCAAUCUUGUUCUCAAUCACCGAAGGUGAACUUGAUAUUGCACUCGUUUUUGUACUCGUAAUCAUUGGUAAUGGGUUCAAUCUUGUUAUCAAUCACCGAAGGCGAACUUGGCAUUUCACUUCUAUAUUUCACACUCGUAGUUCACAGAGCUCAUUUUUCAUGUUCGAUCAUCACGUAUUAUUUAUUAAGCAAUCACUUUAAAACUUUUUCAACCACAGCUUAUAAAUAAUACUAGAAUUCAUGGUAAUCUAUUUACUUAAACAACACAAUCAUUAUAAGUUCGCUGAGAACCCGAGCGUGCUGCCAUGUCUGCACCAGCUGAACGGGACACAAUGCAUCUCUUUUAUAUAUAAGGCAAUUUUCUUGCUCCGAUGAAGUAUUAUGAAACUUAUUUUUAAGACAGAUGUGAUAGAAAGAUAUUUUUUUAUAAAAUCAAAGUCAAUUUAUGCGUGUUAAUUUUUAUUUUAAGUACUUACAGCAGUGAUGCUCUUCGUAUUUCGUCUAUGUUUGCAAUCUGAUUGCUUAUUGUAGAGAUUUAAUAGUUUAAGUCUAAGUUUUGCUGUCCGGUGAUGGAUAUUUUGUGUAGAAUUUCCUGCGUUCUUUGAUUUGUAUUGAAGGAGCUGAGUAAGAUGCACCAAGUAUUAAUAUUAUACAAAUGUUAUUAUAGUGACGUCACUGCCUCCAUGAACGAUUCAAUUACCAACGCAGCUAAUGGCAGUCGGCCACACAGCGGCCGCCGAUAUGCCAGCCAAAAUUCUUAGACGGGUUAGCUCUUCUGAGCCAACGCAAUUUAUUUUUGUUCUAAAAUAAAU